AUGGAGAAAAAAACAAUUCUAGAAGAACUUUUAAGGAGUCAUCACAGAAGAAAAAUAUCACCAAUUAAUUACAAGAAAAGGUUCUUUGUUCUGACAAAAUCAAACACUUCUGAUUAUGAAUAUGACAAAGAAAGUGAAGGGGGGUCAAUCAGGAUUGAGAAAAUCAAAUUUGUUAAGAUAGUGAAUCUUGAGGAAAUAAUGCCUUCUGCAAGACAAUAUUCUUUUCAGGUUAGCCAUGAAAUUUGUUUCAUUUAUGUUUCUUCCUGUGCAGCAUCGCCUUAUCAUUUAUUUUCUCUGUCUUCAAAAUCUGAAGCACAGAAGUCUGUCCUGCCCCAGGGGCUGCCACCAGACAAGUCAGCCCUGAAUAUGGCUGUGGCUCAAUGCAACCAUGAGCACAGAGGAAAUUCAGCUAUCCAGCUUGUCAGAAGCAAUAAAUACUGUGUAUCACAAGAAAAUCACUCUGACUGGUGGACAGUAAGGGAUUUGGAAGGGGGAAACUCCUGUGUCAGCGAACUGACAUUGGCAGAAGAACAGAGCAUUGCUAAGCAUGAUUGGUAUGCAGGUAAUAUCUCCCAUGCCCAGUCUGAGCAGCUGCCCUGUCAGAAGGGAAAAGAAGGUGCUUUUCUGGUUCUGUCUAGCCAGGCAGGAAUGUAGACUGUGUCUGUACUCAACAAGUUUUUAAUUAGUAAAAAAGGAACAGUUAAGCAUUACAUGUGACAAACCCCUGAGAACAAGUACUACCUCACUGAAAAUUACUGCUUUGAAUCAAUUCCCAAACUUAUACACUACCACCAGCACAACUUAGCUUUCUGGAAGUAUGUUAGGAUGUUUUUGGUGCUGUUUCUGGAGAGCUGUCAGUUCAGGCAAGGAGAUCUUGCUGCUAGGAACUGGUUGAUUGACAGCAAACUUACUGUGAAAGUAUCUGACCUUGGGAUGACAAGGUAUGGUCUGGAUAACCUGUAUGUAAGUUCUCUAGGAACCAGGUUUCCAGUGAAGUGGUCAGCACAAGAAGUUUUUCAUCACACCAAAUUUAGCAGCAAGUCAGAUGCAUGGGCAUUUCAUAUCUUAAUGUGGGAGGUGUUCACUUUGAGAAAGCAGCCCUGUGAGCUUCAUGGUAAUAUGCAGAAAGUUUCUCAAGGAUACAGACUUUACAGACCACAGCAGGUUUCAACCAUCAUCUACCAGAUACCAGACAACUGCUGGUAUGAGCUACCAGAACAGCUCCCUGCAUUUUAUCAGCUGUUACCAUUCUUUGAGGCAUUGAGAGAAGGUAACAGAGCUUGA